ACGUACUAUUAAACGUAACAUUAGCUAAAAGACGAAGUUUAAUACCCGUAUGUAUUUUAUACGUAACUUUUACUAACUAUGCUAUCUAUCACCAUGCAACCUCGAACUUAAUUAAAAGUUCAAACUAAUCUUAGCUCUCUGUUUCUGAGAAAACAGGGGAAGAAUACAAAAAACAGAUAAAACCAAAAAUUUGUCAAAAAUAUUAUCACUGGAAAUCGAAAAUAGUUGAACCAGUCGCCAGUAGAUUAUAAACCCUACAAUUCGAAACCAAAUCACCCGCCUUAAAAUAGGAAAGCUGGAAAAAUGAACCUCAGAGCAAGAUGAAAACCACUUUCUUCCCAAAUAAUUUUUCUGUAUAAAACAGAGCACAUUUCCUCUGCAAAUUCCCUCAUCAAGUAUACAAAGAGAGAUAUCUUUCCCUCUCAAAAAUAUCCCUCCGAGAUCAACAACAACCAAUGGCAAAGACUGCUGCAGCCGCCGUCCUCCUCUCCGCCGCCGUCUUCCUUCUCGCCUCCGCCGCCGCCGUCGUCGAUGCACAGGACAAGAUGUUCGUAGAGGGCAAGGUCUACUGCGACCCGUGCCGCGUCGAGUUCCCGACGAAGAUCAGCACCAUGAUCGCCGGCGCCAGGGUGAACCUGCAGUGCCGGUGCAGGGACAACAACACGAUGACGUACAUGGUGGAGGGCGACACCGACAAGACCGGGACGUACCGGCUGCCGGUGGAGGCCGACCACGAGGAGGACAUCUGCGAGGUGAAGUUGUUGAGGAGCCCGUUGGACAACUGCAAGGAUAAGUUCCAUUUCAUCGACCGAGCCAGGGUGCUGCUCACGGACAACAUGGGGGUGGUGCAGGCCACGCGCUACGCGAACCCGAUCGGCUACAUGACGUCCACCACAGACCCACGGUGCGAGAAGCUCAUGGAGGAGAUGGGGAUCACGCUCCAGGAGGCUCAGACCAAGAUCCCCGAUAAGCUCUGAUUGUCAUUCGUGGUGGAUUGUGGAUUGAUGGAUUGGAUAUGAAUUGUUACGCGCGCGAGAAUUGGAGUAUGGGUUUUUAUAUAUUCAAGACUUGGGUGUAGUUUGGGUUAUUUGUUUUAAGAUAGGCUGCAUGCUGCUCUUUGCCAUUGGAAGUGCCCUUCAAAAAAUAGAAAAAAAACAUAAAAAGGGAGAAUGUUUGAUCAAGUAUACCUAAAGUCCAUCUAGAGGAGACAUUACUACACCAAUCAAUGACAAAAUGUGUGUGUUAUGCAUAUGUGUUCCCAAUGUUGGCAAUAAAAGAUUUAUUUGUCU